ACCGGAAAACUCUGGCGGAAACACCCGGUAGUACAACAUAGAAUCCAACAUGGCGAGUCGCAAGAGCAAGAAGAAAACUCCGGAAGAGGCUGACAAAUAUUCAGUGCUGUUGCCGACAUACAACGAACGGGAGAAUUUACCCCUCAUCGUGUGGCUGCUGGUGAAAUAUUUUGGCGAAAGCGGCUACAACUACGAGAUUAUUGUGAUCGAUGACGGAAGCCCUGAUGGGACACUGCAGAUUGCGGAGCAGCUACAGAAAAUCUACGGAGAGGAUAAGAUUGUCCUGAGACCAAGAGCAAAGAAAUUAGGUUUAGGGACUGCGUACAUCCACGGCAUUAAGCAUGCUACUGGAAACUUCAUUAUCAUUAUGGAUGCUGAUCUGUCCCAUCAUCCAAAAUUUAUUCCAGAAUUUAUUGAAAAACAGAAAGAAGGUGGAUAUGACCUAGUGUCUGGAACGAGGUAUAGAGGCGAUGGAGGUGUGUAUGGAUGGGACCUGCGCCGAAAGCUCAUUAGCCGAGGGGCGAAUUUCAUCACACAAGUGCUGCUGAGACCCGGAGCAUCAGAUCUGACCGGGAGCUUUAGGCUGUAUAAGAAAGAGGUGCUGGAGCAGCUGGUAGAGCAUUGUGUGUCUAAAGGCUAUGUUUUCCAGAUGGAGAUGAUUGUUCGUGCUAGACAGCUAGGCUACACCAUCGGAGAGGUUCCAAUCUCAUUUGUGGACCGUGUUUAUGGAGAGUCCAAACUGGGAGGAAAUGAAAUCGUCUCUUUCCUGAAAGGAUUACUUACACUUUUCGCCACAACAUGACUCAGUCGCUGGCUCUAUGGUUCGCUGUGUGGUGUGGCAAGUUUAAAAAAAAAAAAAAAAAAAAAAAAAAAAAAAAAACCUCCUUCACAGCCACACUGCACUCACCUGCUACACUCUGCCUAAUGGUUGUAGUGUAAUUAAAGAUCCCAUGUUUACAAACUGUAGCUAGCACAACAAAUUAUGAUCUGAAGUGGAGUCUGAUGUUCUGCGUUGACCAGUUUUUAAUGGUUCAUUUUAGGAAAGGGCUUCUUUUCUGAUCGCAUAACCUGCCACAGUUUGUAGAUAUGCUUGCGUUUACUUACUUAGUCUGUGUAGUGCUGUUCAAAGCACAUGCACCCCAUCAGUCUCAGAAUUGGUAUCAGGACCAAAUUUGCAUGAAUUAUGCAAGAAAUUGUAUCAUUAUUGAGAUUCAAAAACUAAAAAAAUAUAUAUCUUUUUGAAUUUCCUGUGGUUAACGUGUGUUUUGUUGUAAGAUGCUGAGUCAGAUGUUACAAGAGAUGUUAUAUUUUGAGCAGCAUCAGUAUGAAAAGGUGAGAAGAGAAGAAUGCUGAAAUACAUGAUGUUGCUGAUAAAUAAAAAAUUUUCCACAAA